AUGUUCGGGUACGCGACGGACGAGACGGAGGAGCUGAUGCCACUGACUCACGUGCUGGCGACGAAGCUGGGAGCGAAGCUGACGGAGGUUCGGAAGAACGGGACGUGCGCGUGGUUGAGGCCGGACGGGAAGACGCAGGUGACGGUGGAGUACCGGAACGAGGGGGGAGCGAUGGUGCCGUUGAGGGUGCACACGGUGCUGAUAUCGACGCAGCACGACGAGACGGUGACGAACGAGGAGAUUGGAAGGGAUUUGAAGGAGCACGUGAUAAAGCCGGUGAUUCCGGAGAAGUACAUGGACGAGAGGACGAUAUUCCAUCUGAAUCCGUCGGGGCGGUUCGUGAUCGGAGGUCCGCACGGGGACGCGGGACUGACGGGUCGGAAGAUCAUCAUCGACACGUACGGGGGGUGGGGAGCGCACGGAGGGGGUGCAUUCAGCGGGAAGGACCCGACGAAGGUGGACAGGAGCGGGGCGUACAUCGUGCGGCAGGCGGCAAAGAGCAUCGUGGCGGCGGGGAUGGCGCGUCGGUGCAUCGUGCAGGUGUCGUACGCGAUCGGGGUGCCGGAGCCACUGUCGGUGUUCGUGGACACGUACGGGACGGGGAAGAUAGCGGACGGGGAGAUACUGAAGAUUGUGAAGGAGAACUUCGACUUCAGGCCGGGGAUGAUGUGCAUCAACCUGGACUUGAAGCGGGGCGGGAAUAAGAGGUUCCAGAAGACGGCGGCGUACGGGCACUUCGGGCGGAACGAUCCGGACUUCACGUGGGAGAUGGUGAAGCCAUUGAAGUGGGAGAAGGCGCAGGCGUAA